UCCUGGUCACAACCCAAAUGUGAGUCACACAUCACAAUGUGACUUCACGUAUCUCCUUGUUCACUCCUCCCACUCUCGGCCAUGGCCACCGCUUCGCCCUUUGCACGCAGUGCAGCACCUGAGACGACUCCGUUUGGUCGCUCUCAAACCAUAGAAGAGAUGUACAGCGUUCCAGAGAGCUUUUUGGAGAUCGAAGUGCGCAAUCCUCAGACUCAUGGCUUUGGCCGCAAGAUGUACACCGACUACGAGAUCGUGUGCAAGACCAACAUUCCGGCAUUUAAACUCAGGCACUCUCUCGUACGCCGCCGAUACUCUGACUUCGAAGCCUUCCGAGAUAUACUCGAGCGUGAACUAACGCGUGUGAACAUCCCUCCACUACCUGGCAAAGUGUUCACCAACCGGUUCUCUGACGAGGUUAUUGAGAGCAGGAGAGAGGGUCUCGAGCGGUUCCUGACAUUUGUCGCCGGCCACCCGUUACUUCAGACUGGGAGCAAAGUGCUCUGUGCAUUCAUGCAAGACCCUGCUUGGGAUAAAGCCCAGUGGAUCUGAUCGGAUAUCAGCACGCUUCUAGUCAGCCUGCAACUCUCGCAAUCUUCGAUCCCUUCAUUCGCUGCGUUGUCAUCUGUACUUUUAAUCUAUCGUUUUUCGGUCGUGGAAUGCCCUACUGUUUGCGCGUACUCGUCCGACUCCAAUUGGACGGAGCUUGGACGGGGACUGCCAGAGAGAUGAAAUGUGUAUCCCAAAUUCUU